UCCUGUAGCCUCGUAUGUAGUGAAGCUCAAUUUUUCACUCGCCUGGAAUAAAUUCGCUACAGUUUAAAAAACUGGUGCUAAACGCCAUCGAGUACAUCGAAACGGGUAAUUCAGUUUUCUAGGAAGAUAAUUGCGAUUACAAGGAACAUUUCGGGAGCUCGAAUUCGAUGCUAUAGUGACAGUAAUUAAGUGCUCCGGAGGAAUCUGCAUAUGUUAUGUCAUUUUGGUGAAUGGAACUGAAUGAAAGUGUAUUUUUUUAUCAAUGAGCGUGCUGCAAAAAAUUAGUCUUUCAUUCAGAAUGAAAUAAAGGUUGUACUAGUCAAUCGUAAAUUUAGAAGUUAAAGUGUUUCGAAGCGAAUAAACUCGUCUUUAAGCUAAUUAUUAGGGGAAUAUCUGAGUGCUUAAAGUAUUGAUAGGCAUCAAUCAAAAUGCAGCCAUUCUCGAACAACGACUAUGGUGGGAAUGAAUAUGGAAAUUAUGAUCCACAACAGCAGCAAAUUCCGAUGCAACCGCAAGGCGUCGCCAGACCAAUGGUUGACCCGGAGGCGGCGGGAGAAGUUGAUCCUACUCUUUACCCCCAGGCUAAAGAAUCAACGCACAAAAUCCGAGGCAAAUCUGACAUCUUGGAAAUGCUUUGUGGGUCCGUAGACCAAGAGCUACUGCCAGUGAAAACGUUCUAUUUCUUCUUCUAUGCUGCUUUCGGAUCCCUGUUUCCACUGAUGGGAGUUUACUUCAAGCAAAUGGGAAUGAAUCCAGGCCAGUGUGGGUUGCUGAUUGGCACCAGGCCAUUCGUUGAGUUUCUUUCUGCUCCAUUUUGGGGAAGCUAUGCUGAUCGCUGCAAAAAAGGAAAAAUGCUCCUGCUCUCUUCGUUAGCCGCAUGGAUUAUCUUCACUCUGCCUCUUGGAUUCAUCCAACCGCCGGCCACCAGCUGCAUCGAACGGAAAAACGCAACCGAUUUUGAAUUGCGCACACCGCAAGUUCCUCGCAUACUGAAACGUUCCAUUGAUGAACGCAUGCUGGAAGAGGUUUCCUUUGGAAAGCACACAGAACCGGAGAAUCAUUUCGUUAGAGUUGAGCGUUCUGCCAGACCGAUAGCAGCAGCUGGUCAGUCACCUAUAGGAGUCAGUUAUGCGAAUAACUUUAACGAAAAGCUGCAUAGUGAUUGGGUUUCACCUCUGUUUUCAUCCAUCGUUUAUAGGACUGCUGAUAUUCAAAAAGCCUUCUUUUUGCUGUUACUUUUGGUCGUAAUCGGUGAGUUCUUCAGUGCACCUGCUAUUACAUUAGCCGAUUCGGCGGUUAUUACCAUACUAGGGGAGGAUGCCGACCGUUAUGGGCAUCAACGGAUGUUCGGAUCGCUGGGCUGGGGAUUAGCGAUGUUCUUUGUUGGCAUUGCACUGGAUCAUUCAACUGCUUUCCCUGACCAUCCAUGUGGACCGGAACAGCAGGAGAAAAACUAUUCUAUCUGUUUUGCGACCUUCUCGGUUUUGAUGGGUGCUGCACUUAUUUCGGCAACACAAAUCACCUUCAAGUACGACUUUACGGAUCAUCGUGAGCCUCAAGUGGAAAGCGUACAGAUGGGUCCGACGAAGGAAGAACAGAUGCAGAACCAGUUGGCUGAACAACUGCAACUGCCAGCCUUAGCUGCCUCCGGUGGUGGCAUGGCCAGUGCAGCCCCUCCGCCUCAAGCGCUUGGUGCUCAGACAAAGAUGUUUGCCCAAACUACCCGGGAGAUGCCUGAAUGGGUAACGGUGCUGCGGCAAUUCAAGAAUAUCAAGUGUGCUUCAUUUCUAUUCGUGGCCUGGUAUAUGGGAUUCGGCAUUGGGUUGAUCUUUACGUUCCUAUUCUGGCAUCUGCAGGACUAUGGUGGCUCACCCACACUGUUUGGCGUAGCUUCUGUGAUAAAUCACAUAUCGGAAAUUUUUGCCUACUUCUUCAGCUUCCGCCUUAUCACUCAAAUAGGUCACGUUAAGGUUCUCUGUCUUGGUUUAGUUGGUAACAUCCUAAGAUUCUUGUACAUCUCGUACUUGAAAAAUCCGUGGUGGGUUCUUCCAUUUGAAUUUAUGCAGGGAAUCACUCAUGCGGCUGUCUGGGCUGCCUGUUGCUCCUACAUUGCCCAUAAUACUCCACAACAUCUGAGGUCUUCAGCACAAGGUGUUCUGCAAGGUCUGCAUCAUGGUUUGGGCAGAGGUUGUGGUGCUGUGAUUGGAGGAAUGUUCGUCAACUACUUUGGAACGACAGCUACAUUCCGUGGAUAUGGUAUAACCUGUAUUCUGGUGCUAGCAGGAUUUGUGUUCAUCAACUUUUACCGAAAAGAACAAGGGUUCAUUUCGGAAAUUCCUACCACAGAAGAUCCGCAUCAGGUAGCAGAGGAGACUGCCCAUCUUGCCCCACAUGGUGUCCCAAGUAAUCCAAUUCCAAGAGCACUAUCUAGCACGCGUCUCAACGAGAUUGGGGCUCAGAAUGGCGAUAACGGCUAUGGAACCUAUCAAACUACUGGAGGGGCUCUUGACGUUCCUGGUGGAGCUCCCCGUAAUCCAUUCGCUGCUCCCCCUCAAAAUAACGGUUACGGUGGCAAUCAAUACUAAAUAAACCAGUUUGAGUAGCCCACGUGAUAGGUUAGGUCAGAUCAUUAUUUAAUACGUGGUUUUCAUAGUUAAACUGUCAGCAUACAUGCAAACACUACACUAACAUAAGAAAAACGAUUGGAUGUACGUUACAGUCAUCGUGACUGACGGCUCUACAGAA